UACGUUUGUAGUAUUUUACACAAAGGUAGAUACUAUUUAUCCUAGUUUAGAUGGGGACUGGGUUCCGCCCUUUUUUCUUAUUACUGUGAUGAUGUUAGUGGCAAAUUAGAAUGUUACAUGAAAAUAAUCUCUCACCAAAUACUAUUGUACACAAACUGUCAUAGGCUAGGCUAAGACCAAGGCCAGGCCAAGACUGUUUAAUUUGAUUUUGUUUCUCGAGCCCACCAACCUGCUAUAGGUAUAUAUAGGCUACCGUUUAUGGGUUCUUUAGGGAAAUCCAGGAUUUAUAGCCUAGUGUCUUACAAAUUGCACCAACAGGAAUGAUCCAAACUUCUUAAACUACAAAAUGAGGAGUUUGAACAAUGGGUUAGCUAUAGCCUAGUACCUACCUAUGGUUCGUGCAUGUUAUUAGGGUAAACAACCGAGUGGACUGGCCAACUCACCGACUAGGUACCGAGGUUUUGGCCACCCUCCGAAAAAGUACUUUAACACGUUCUGACACCGGAGAUGGUCAUCAAUCAUGAGUUGUUGUUGGUGAUAGCAGGAGCUCAAGACCUCUACUCUCCUUUCGAAACUUUCUCCAUAAGGUGUGGGAGUGUGUAACAUACGGUACACAUUUGGAAUCUGGUUCCUUAAAUAUUGUUGUAAAAUUCAGUACACUUGAGUCAUGGCAUCAAAACUCAAACUUCUACUUGCUGGAGUUCUUUGUGCCCUCCUGAUGGCUGGUGCAUAUGACCACAUCUUCAACAUUGAAACAAACAAAUGUCUCAUGACAUAUAUGUUUGAGUACCCACAGUUCAUUCCUGUAUCCUUCCCAGCACGCAUAAAGAAACUGUUUCCCCAUUAUCAUCUGUAUUCAUAUGGAGAGGGUAAUUACUCUGAUAUACUAAGGGAAGGCUAUUAUGCAGGUAUUCCUGUUCUUUUCAUCCCUGGAAAUGGAGGAUCUUAUAGGCAAGUUCGGUCACUGGCUUCUGUGGCUUAUCGCAAGGCCCUUGAUGAUGAGACAGACUUUGCUUUUAAUUUCUUCACUGUUGACUUGAAUGAGGAAUUGGGUGCAUUUUAUGGUCCAGCACUUAAAAGACAAACUGAAUUUGUUACUUACGCUAUCAGACAAAUCCUAAAGCUUUAUGAUGAUAGAGUAAGGAAGCCAAAAUCAAUUGUCCUUGUGGGUCACUCUAUGGGAGGAAUGGUUGCCAGGGCUCUGCUGGCUUCAGAAAAUGUGACUGCAUCAACAGUACCACUCAUCAUUACCCAGGCUACCCCUCACACUAGACCUGUGGUAACAGUUGAUCAUCACUUGAAGGAAUUUUAUGAGGAAGUGAAUGAUUAUUGGGAAAAGGAGCGAAACUGUACUUUGAAAGAUGUCAUACUGAUAACAGUCGGUGGUGGGAGAAAUGACAUUCAAGUUGCCACUUCACAUAUUAAUACACCAUUUGCUGACAUUGCUACGACAACAUCAAAUGUUCCCCAUUGCUGGUUGACAGCUGACCACCAGGCGAUUGUGUGGUGCAAGCAGCUUGUGAUGGCUAUUGUUCGCGCCUUUUUUGACAUAGUCGAUUCAUCCACAAAACAAAUUACUACAUCCCGGAAGUUGAUUGUCGAUACAUUUGAAUUUCAUUUAGCAAAAAGGAUUGCAGGGAAACGCUUCAAGCGAGCUACAUAUUCCGAAGAAGUGACAUUUGACCAGAAUGCAGAUUGGAUAGUUUUAGAGACGCGUCAAGAAACCUAUGUGGCCAACAAGACUUUAAAGAACACUUUUCUUGUAAUACCAUUAAACCCAACUCAUCGCCUGUAUCAGAAGGCAACUGUUGUUGCUUCCAAUCUAAACAGAAAAGACUGGAUUAUGGCUUGCAAAACUGAGAUGAGACAAGAUAAGAGAAUUUGUGUAAAGGGGGAAAAUUUAUCCCAAAAAACCAAAAAACUUUAUGGAAAAGUUAAAAUGGUACAACUUGAGUUACCUGCACUGAGCAAGAAUGGUUACACUGCAAUUGCUGUGUACAUUGGUCCAACAGAUGAAAGGGUUGAGGUAGCCAUAGAUGUGCACAGUGAGAAUGGUCGUCACCGAUCAGUUGAAGUUCCUGUGUUUAUACGAUCCUUCACACAGACGUUGAUAGUGGAUACAACUCCCCAAAAGGCUUUAUCGUAUAAUGUUAGUCUCUUGGGGUUGCAAGAACCUUGGCAGUCUUUCAGGUUCAUGUUAAGGCCCCGUCAAAGGUGUGAGGGACAAACUGUCACUACAGCCAUGAUUUAUAUGCCAUGGGCUCAGAAGGAGUCAUACCUACAAAGAAGCGGUCAAGUGGUAUCAUUUAGUGCAGAACUGGACCUUCCUCCCCCACCAGGUGAUAAUUCGUCUGCAAGUAUCCAGUUCUUUUUGAAUCCCCAGUGUACGUAUUCUGUGAUCAUACAAGGAAGUCUUAUUGGAGUUUUCAGACGUUUGGUUUGGCUUUAUGGUGCUCAGAUUCCCUCAUACUGUGCUGUACAUCUCCUGCUUGCACUCGCCAAUCAGCUAAAGGUUAUAGGAGAGGAAGGAUAUUGCCCUUCAUUCUUUUCAGCAGUUAUUGCUUUGUCACCAGUUACUGUCGUCCCUUUCACCAAGGUCAUCAAUUUGAUAUUGUACAAUCUAGAUAUACUAGAUGAUUUUACGGUCAUGUCCAACAACGGUGAAAGUCUUGGCAUUCUUCCCAUCUUGAUGUUCUUAGGUAUUCUACCCAUUACAUUAAUCAUUGGACUGGUCACUUGGGGAAUGGUUAUACUUUCUGGCAAUGCUGCUCAUUCUUUCAUUGUCAAGGUUUUGGGACGUACCAUAGGUGGUGGUGAAGUAGUCGGAGAUGUAGUAAUUGCAGGGUUGUCUCGAGUACCACUUUUAGUUAGCGUGGCUCUUAUUUCUUUAUCUUAUUCUUCUUGUGGUACAUUGGCUCUCUGCUUAAGUGCUGGAUUCUAUUUCAUCAAGAUUUUCAGGUUAUAUGAAGAUUAUAUUCAAACUUUCCUGACACAGCUAAUACCUGGAAUGAGGAAAGAAGCUGAUGAUAGAAAAGCUCUGUCAUCAAUUCAUUUCCACAUUACUCUCUUGCUUCUUGUCACCUUGGUAGCAGCAUUCAACAUACCUGCUCUCAUUAUAUGGGGAAGGUCUCUUGGUCAUAAUCUGCAGUUGCCAGAGGAUCCGUCCCUUAUUGUUACUGUUUGGCUGUUGGCUGUGUUGUGUUUUCUGUGGCAAUGGGAGAUUCCUAGAGUCGAUAAGAAUUACUACAAAUAUGUAAGUCAUGCAGUUCGUGGAAUAGCCGUCUUCACACUUCUCUUUGGUAGCAUUCACAUUUAUCGGGUUCCAUACUUUUUGGUGUUGGCUCUUACACUCAUGACCAUCCAUCAGCUUCUAGCUCCUACUAAACCUUUGGUCACACAGGUAUCUGAUGAAGUUAGUAGUAAUGAUAUCACUCGAGAUAACUACAUUGAUGAGAUUGAAGAAGAGUAUUUAGCUUCAUAAGGUAGGAUUUUCCAAGGGUUUAGGGUUAUUGUAGUGUAAGCAACAGAUGCGUUGUGAUUUUACAAUGUAAAAGUAACAAAUGCCUGUGAUGACAAUGGCUUCCUGUUGUAAGUAUAGAUGAAGCUGAUUAGUUUUAGGUAUAGCCAGUGAUGUAAAAGACUUUUUCAUAAUUUUAGCCUCUUAAUCAGAUGAGCUCAUGCUAACCAUAUUUUACAUAGCAGUCUGCUGUGCUGAUAGCACAGUGAAUAGGGUUGAAUUGAGCAUUUAGUGCAGCCAUCUGGUAUUGAUUGCUAUCUUGUACAUACCAAAUGUUUUUGUUGGUAAAACAUUUAAUAGCAGUUCUAGUAAUGACUGCAUAUAGCAUUGGUACUGUAUAUGAGCUUAAUCUUAAGUAAAAAUUGGUAGCUAUUUAUGUAGUGUUAAUGCAUUUGCUAACAUAGCAUUCUAGACAAUAAGAAAAGGAUAAGUUUAGCUAUUUGAAGAAUAGGAGUUGCAUUAAAUCUAGAAACAAGUAUAGGCAGUCCCUGGGUUAUGUCAGACUGGUUAUGGUGUUCCGAGGUUAUGCCUCUUUUCAAAUGUGGAUAUGUACAACUAUGAAUAAAAAAUCAGCUCCAGGUUACAACGGAUAUUCCGAGAUUUUGUCGUCUUACACUGCAACAGAACAAUCAAAUUACAGUUACAAUAUAAAGUGAAAAUUUGGAGGUUUUUGGAUGCACACCACAUUAGAAUACGAGUACAAUACUGUACACAACACCCAGAGGAUUAAAGGUAAAGCUUUCAUUACUUUAUUUCUCAAUUUUUAUACUUUAUUUCUCAUUUUUCUUGCGAUGUUCCGGGUUACAGCACGGCAUCAGAAUGGAACCCCUGACGUAACCUAGAGAUUGCCUGUAGUGGCAAAUUUGAUAUUAUACUUUUCUGAAUCGGUCAAAUUUUGCCGAGAUACAUCUAUAUCUAGAAAAUGCGAGAAGCCUGCCAUUUCUUACAUAACAGUAUUUGCUCACGGAGAUAGAUAUAAGUCAAGAGGACACUUGAAAUUUUAAAGAUUUUUUUCCAAGUUCAAGCAAUGAAAUAUUGGACAGAAGGUUUGUGUUUUUUCUUCUCAUAAUCUUUUGUAAGGUUUGAAAAGUACAGUGCUAAGAGUAUUUUAGCCAUCCAUCAUGAAAUAGUAAGUAUUAGGUACAGUACGUAUUGUAAAAGUUUUGUGAGUGCAGGUAUCAUGUUUCUGAGUAGCUACUUCAUUGCAGUACAGUAGUAAAGUAUUUUUAUAUACGGACUAUAAGAAAUUUUCUUUGCUGCUAAAGCUUUCUGGAGGUUUUUUUUAUAUUACUAAUGACCAAGCAAUUGAUACAAUACAAUAUGGAAAAUGGUACAUGCUUAUCAAUUAUUGCUUCAUAGAUCAACCCAAGGUGUUUUAAAAGUCAGACUACAUGACAGUUUUCCAAGACAUUUUAUGAGAUGCUUUUCAUUUUAACGUAAAUUUCAAAUAUUUUUAGCAAUGCCACUGAUGAUUAAGAAGCACUACUAAUAAUUGAUAAUUUUAAGGUACUGCAAGUAGGAGUCAGAAGGAUUAUACAGUAUUGACUUUUAUAUAAAAUGUCUCAGGGGAAUUAUUGUAUGGUACUCCAAGAUUGAGUACUAUACAGCAAAUAGAGUUAUACAUCUAGAGCAUUUAAUAUUAUGCUACAGUCAUAGAAUUCAUACAUUUCAGGCUUCUUCAAUAUCAAUUUAAAUGCUUUCUGGUCAACAUUUAGUCUAGUCUAGAUUUUGCUUUAUCUCUUGAAUUUAUAUAAUAACUUAUCCCAACAAUGUACAGUACCUGUACUGUGUUUUGUAUGGCCCAGUGCCAGUCAGUGUAGAGCACAGGUACUGUUAUAUGAUCUCAUUUUUCUUUUUUAAAUACUAAAGCCGAUACAUUUCUGGUGCUUUCAUUUUGAAAAUUAUGCUUCAAAAGGAAAUAUAAGAUAGAAGAAGUAUGAGGUCUGUAUAUGCUUGGUAGCUUAGAUAUUCAUGGACAUUAAAUGCUGUUCAGUGGCAAAUAUACCAUUCAUUUAGUUAACUUUUCACUAUGAUGCUACUGUUUUUCAGUUGCUUCAAUGGCUCACCAAACUUCUUUUUUUUCACUGGUUGUGAUUUACAAGUUGAUUUAUGAAUGUUUUGUCAGGUGACCUGGCUCUGGAACUGCUUGGUCAUUCAGUACAAUUGUAAUAGGCAUAAAAAGAGAUUACUCAUUAAAGAACUUUAGGAUACAUUAGUCAUAACCAGCUCCAAGUUACAAGUUGUCAGAAAAAAUUUUUGCUUGAUGACCUAACAUGCUGUAAAAUCUCUGGAACAAUUGGCUUUAUUCUAUGUAAAUCAGCAGUUCUCAAGUAGGCAGUUUCUCUCAAACAGAAGUCUUUCAAGUGUGUAGUAUAUAUUAUAUACAAAAUGUUCAAUUUUGUUACAAUUGGCCUCUUGAAAACAGUUUGCUGUUUAUCAAAAAUACACAAGUGAUUCUGAGAAAAUUAUUGUGUAAGGGUGAAACAUUCAUUUUAAUGCAUUUUUUAUACCAAAUAUUUUUAUUAUUUCAAAUUAACCAGUAAAAUUUAGUUUGGUACACCAUGGCUCCUUGAAUUAUUAGUCUGGUACACCAUGGGUUCUUGAAUUAUACCUUUAGAUUUAUAUAAUGUAUCAGGUAUUGAAUAUAUUCUGUUGUAAUGUAUGAAAAUAUUUUCAUACUAUUCUCUUAUGUUAUUUAUUAGCAAAAGCAAUUGGUAAUGAAUUUUGUAGGAGUAUAAGUAAUACUUGUAAGCUAAAAUGAGUGCAGUAAUUGUUAUAACCUAAUUAAUAACAUUGUUUGUUAGCAAGGGAAAAAUUUCUUUCUAGGAGCCAACAAAGUAUAGUAUACUUUUUUUUUUUUUUUUUUAAGAGCUGCCCUCUUGUUUUACAAUUGUGAAAAGUAAACAAUGAUUUUGUUACUGUUUUGAACUUUUUUUUUUAUUAUUAUUAUUAUUGAGGGAUGUGCAUUAGAAAGAAUUAUAAUCUUAGAUUUGCAUUUAAAAAUUAUGAUUAAUAUUAUCUGAAUUUAUGAUCAGUAUAUUUUAUAAUAGAAUAUUAAGUGAAAA